AGCUUGUGAGCGACCGUGUGUGUGUGCGUGUGCGUGUAUAUGUCUGCGCGCGCGCGUGUGUUUGCUCGCAUCGCGCUUCACUGACAUUCCCGGAACAUUCCGCAUCCAGCAUCGGUCGUCAUCCUUUUACACCUCUUGUUGAGUUCUUUGACUUAAAAAAAAAAAGAAAAAAGAAAGAAACAGAAAAAGGAAAAGGAAUAAUGUCUUAUCAAGGCAAAAAGAACAUCCCGAAAAUCACGAGCGACCGGCUUCUUAUCAAAGGCGGCCGGAUUGUGAAUGAUGAUCAAUCCUUCCAUGCCGACAUCUACCUGGAGGAUGGCCUCAUCAAGCAGAUUGGCGACAACCUGAUCGUGCCCGGUGGGGUGAAGACCAUCGAAGCCAAUGGCAAGAUGCUGAUCCCCGGUGGCAUCGACAUUCACACCCACCUCCAGAUGCCGUACCGUGGGACCACCACUGUGGAUGACUUUGCUCAGGGGUCCAAGGCAGCUCUCGCCGGGGGCACGACCAUGAUCGUGGACCAUGUGAUCCCUGAGGCAGGUAGCAGCCUGAUGGAGGCCUACGACCAGUGGAGGCAGUGGGCUGACGAGAAGGCCUGCUGUGACUACUCUCUCCACGUGGACAUCACCCACUGGAACGACAGCGUCAAGCAGGAGGUGGACAACCUGAUGAAGGAAAAAGGAGUAAACUCCUUCCAGGUGUACAUGGCUUACAAAGACUACUACCAGAUGAACAACAGCGAGCUCUAUGAGGUGUUUACCUUCUUGGCAGAAAGGGGCGGCAUUGCUCAGGUCCAUGCGGAAAAUGGAGAGAUCAUUGCAGAGGAGCAGGCCCGUAUGCUGCAGAUGGGAAUCACUGGACCGGAGGGACACGUGCUAAGUCGACCAGAAGAGCUGGAGGCAGAGGCCGUGUUUCGGGCCAUCACCAUCGCCAGCCAAACCAACUGUCCCCUCUACGUGACCCGCGUCAUGAGCAAGAGCGCCGCCGACAUCAUCUCGCAGGCUCGGAAAAAAGGAAACGUCGUGUUCGGGGAGCCAAUCACGGCCAGCCUGGGGACGGACGGCACGCAUUACUGGAGCAAGAACUGGGCCAAGGCAGCUUCUUUUGUAACUUCACCACCUCUUAGUCCCGACCCUACCACUCCAGACUACCUGAACACGCUCCUGUCCAGUGGAGACCUGAGUGUGAGUGGCAGCGCUCACUGUACGUUCAGCGUGUCUCAGAAGGCCAUCGGCAAGGACGACUUCACUCAGAUCCCCGAGGGCGUCAACGGGGUGGAGGAGAGGAUGACCCUCAUCUGGGACAAAGCUGUGACUACAGGCAAGAUGGACGAGAACAUGUUUGUGGCGGUUACCAGCACCAACGCGGCUAAGAUCCUCAACCUGUACCCACGUAAGGGUCGGAUCGCCGUGGGCUCCGAUGCCGACCUGGUCAUCUGGGACACCGACGCCAUCCGAACCAUCACGGCAAAGAAACACAACUCGGCCGCCGAGUACAACAUCUUCGAGGGCAUGGACCUGCGUGGCGCCCCGCUGGUGGUCAUCUGUCAGGGAAAGAUCGUCCUGGAAGACGGCAACCUGCACGUGACUUCGGGCGUGGGCCGCUUCAUCCCCUGCUCGCCGUUCCCCGACUACGCUUACAAGCGCGUCAAAGCCAGGAAGCAGCUGGCCGUUCUGAGGGCAGUGCCCAGGGGAAUGUAUGACGGCCCUGUGUCGGAAUUCACCAUGUCGCGUGGCGGCACCCCGUCCGCCUCGGCGCGCACGUCGCCUACUAAGCAGCCCGUCAGGAACUUGCACCAGUCUGGAUUUAGUCUAGCAGGUAACCCUGCACCAUGCGGUGAGCAUAAUACCGUCAGCUCUUUCUUCAAAUACAUCCCUCAUGAUUACUACAUUGCCCUGCAAAGGGCACAAAACGUAUACUGCAUGGUAACCAGUCUCAAAGCAAUAACCGACACAUGCGGCCAUGACACUCAGUCACUUUCUACCAACAAUGGGAUAACCUUAGCUCCUCCCUCAAAUACAGAGAUCUACGAACGAUGAAGAUGUCAUACUUCCUUAACGUCGAUAACCUCGCACUUCAACCUUUGUUAGCAAAAUUCUUGAAGACCCCUUAUAAUGUCUCCACAAGGAGGUGCUAAUUCCCCCAUAAAAAUGUCAAUAAUUUACAUGGCAACAGCAAUCAGCAAAGAAAGGUAACGACAAAAAAAUUUAAAAAAGUAAACAAAAUUGUAUUAUCCUGGUGUUUCAUUAUUAUGAGUUUAUAAAUAUGAAAUAUAUUUUUUGUUAUCGUGAUCUUGUUUUCCAAAAAAAGUAAGAAAAACAUUUAAUAAUUAUCUAGGGUUAAACGUUUUCUGGACCAGCACAGGGUGUACCCCGCCUCUUGCCCAAAGGUCAGCUGCAAUAGGUUCACCCGUGACCCAAAUGAAGCCAAACACUAAAUAAAAUAGAUGGAUGGAUGUUCUGACAUUUAUAACGUAAUUUUCAGUGCUUAACAUUUUAUAAAAAAAAUGUAAGACCCUUUUCACAAGUGAUGCAUUCACAGUCACUCGGAAUAAAACAGUCACUGGCUACGACAGGUGUACCUUCACGGUUCUAUAGGAUCCAAUACAAAAGCUUUCUUUAUCAGAAUGAGAGCUCCAAGUGUGUUAAACCAAAGUUCUACAAUAUACAGUAUUUAUUAAAAAAUGAGGUUGGAAAGAAUUCCAAAUCCAAGCACUCGGUAGGAUAAUAUAAAAUUAUAUGCACAAUGAUUUUAUUCGGAGCACCGUAUGUAUUACAUCGAUGGAUAGCGUUCAUCUUGGCUUCUUUUUUCUUUAAAAUAGAUUUUAUAUUUGAAAACAAAACAAAAAAAAUUGCUGAAAUCUAAAAGAAAGAAAUCUAAAACCCAUACCAUAUACUGUAUUUAUUGUCUCUUAAAUAGAUUAUAACCAGAGUUAUGUUUGUAUGUGCUUAUGUGUGUGGUUCGCCGAAGAAACUUCAUUAAGACUUAAUUUUAAAUGUGGUAGUUUUCCAUAUUUUGCCCUCUCAUCAAAGUAAUAAGGUUAUUGAAAUACUUUGGUGCCUUGAGAUAUGAGUUGAAUUCGUUCUGCAACCAUGCUUGCACAGUAACUCAAAACCUUUGCAUCCCAAGUCAUGUUUCCCUAUUGAAAUGAAUAGUAAUGCCAAUAAUAAUUUUCAGUCUCUCAAAAACAAAACAUUUUUGUAAUGUGUUUUAUAAGAAAAGUACCAUUCUAUAAUAUUGCACUUUAUAAAACAUACAGUAAUGACAUAAAUAAUUAGAAUAUAAAGAAUUAAACAGUUUUUGCUUCAGUUCAAUGGACAUUUGGCAGUAUAAUACAUACAUACGGAUAUACAUGGAGCCGGUCAAAACCCCUCAGUCAGCUGCAGUAAUAAUGAGUCAUUUUUCAUAGAGGAUAAAGAAUACAUCCCUGUGAGUAUUAUUAUAUUAUCUGUCUACGUGUUACUUUGAAUUCCAGUAUCCAUUGCUUUAGGGUUAUAAUACCACGACACGGAUGGUAUUUGUUAGCCCAUCUAUAGCAUUUUUAAAUUAUUUAAAAAAUAAAUUAAACAGUUAACAGACUAUCUAAAGCAAAGCUAUGUGAUUGUUUUAAAUACACGUGUAAUUCUUUGUUUGAUGUUCAGUUGAAAGAGCGAAAAAUCAGCCAAAUGAUGGCUUGUACGUAUGUCGGGUCACUUGUAUCUCAAGGCAGCACUCUGUUACAAACAGCUCUCUGUAUGAUGCAGUUCAACCAUAGCAAAUGUAUUGAUAAAAUAAUUACUAAAAUGAUUUAUUUAUUUUUUUCUUUUUAAAGGCAAAAUUUAAAAAUAACUUUUACCAGCACCUUAGAAUCUUUAACAUCCUCAAUAUAUAGUCGAAGCGUGCAGAAUGGGAUGUAGGCCUUGGUCGUGCUACCUGUCUUAACAAGUGCCUGUCUUAACAAUAAGAAAAAGAAGGUGAUCUCCUCAGGAAGGAAUUUCAACAUGAUUUCACGACUGGCUGCUCCUAGGCCCAUUUUUAAUCACAUUGGGUGUGUUCUUUGUUUACACAGUUGUACACCACUGCAAAAAUACAAGGGUAAUAUUAUACAUGCUGUUAAAUGAAUGGCUCUAUGAGAGUAUCAGAAUCAUCUUUAUUUGCCAAGUAUGUCCAAAAAACACACAAGGAAUUUGUCUCCGGUAGUUGGAGCCGCUCUAGUACGACAACAGACAGUCAAUUGACAGAGAACACUUUAGAGACAUAAAGACAUUGACAAAAACAGUCACUGAGCAAUAUAGGGGUUGCUAGUUAUCUGGUAUCAAUCAUCAUCAACAUGUUUUGAUACAAUUGUUGUAUUGUGUCCAGUGAUGUAUAUGAAGAAAAUUUUUAUUUAAAUCACAUCAAGAUCUGAAGUCUUUUUCAUGCAACCUCCUCACUUGUCGCUCCUCUCUGUCCUCCUAGGUCCCCCGACCCCUGAUGAGGUCCCCAUCAGGCCUGCCGGUCGUCGUAUUAUGGUGCCCCCCGGUGGCCGGUCCAACAUCACCUCCCUCAG